GCAUAGAAAAGACUAUUUAUCUCAGAGAGGUUUGCGAAAAAUUCUAGGAAAACGACAACGACUCCUGUCUUAUUUAGCAAAGAAAAAUAGAGUACGUUAUAAAGAAUUAAUUAUCCUGUUGGAUAUUCGGGAAUCAAAAACUCGUUAAUUUUAAGAGUUUUUUUGAAUUAUUUGAUUUAUUAGAUCUUGAGAUGAACUUCUUUUUGUUUUCAGUAAUUCAUGGACGAAUGGAUCAAGGAAACCCUAUGAAUGUACCAGCUACACGAAAAGACCUUAUGAUAGUUAAUAUGGGUCCCCACCACCCAUCAAUGCAUGGUGUUCUUCGCCUCAUCGUUACUCUAGACGGGGAAGAUGUUAUUGACUGUGAACCAAUAUUAGGUUAUUUACACAGAGGAAUGGAAAAAAUUGCGGAAAAUCGAACAAUUAUACAAUAUUUGCCCUAUGUAACACGUUGGGAUUAUUUGGCUACUAUGUUCACAGAAGCAAUAACAGUAAAUGGUCCAGAACUGUUAGGAAAUAUUCAAGUGCCUAAAAGAGCUGGCUAUAUCAGAAUAAUUAUGUUGGAAUUGAGUCGUAUAGCUUCUCAUUUGUUAUGGCUUGGUCCCUUUAUGGCAGAUAUUGGUGCACAGACUCCUUUCUUCUAUAUUUUUAGAGAAAGAGAGUUAGUAUAUGAUUUAUUCGAAGCUGCCACUGGUAUGAGAAUGAUGCAUAAUUUUUUUCGUAUCGGGGGAGUAGCGUCUGAUCUACCUCAUGGUUGGAUAGAUAAAUGUUUGGAUUUUUGCGAUUAUUUUUUAACAGGAGUUACUGAAUAUCAAAAACUUAUUACGCGAAAUCCUAUUUUUUUAGAACGAGUUGAGGGAGUAGGUAUUGUUGGUACAGAGGAAGCAAAAAAUUGGGGUUUAUCGGGACCAAUGCUACGAGCUUCCGGAGUACAAUGGGAUCUUCGUAAAGUUGAUCAUUAUGAGUGUUACGACGAAUUUGAUUGGGAAAUCCAGUGGCAAAAAGAAGGAGAUUCCUUAGCUCGUUAUUUAGUCCGAAUUGGUGAAAUGAUGGAAUCUAUAAAAAUUAUUCAACAGGCUCUGGAAGGAAUUCCGGGGGGGCCCUAUGAGAAUUUAGAAAUCCGACGUUUUGAUAGAGAAAGGGAUUCGGAAUGGAACGAUUUCGAAUAUCGAUUCAUUAGUAAAAAAACUUCUCCUACUUUUGAAUUACCGAAACAAGAACUUUAUGUGAGAGUCGAAGCCCCAAAAGGAGAAUUGGGAAUUUUUCUGAUAGGAGAUCAGAGCGGUUUUCCUUGGAGAUGGAAAAUUCGUCCGCCGGGUUUUAUCAAUUUGCAAAUUCUUCCUGAAUUAGUUAAAAGAAUGAAAUUGGCCGAUAUUAUGACAAUACUAGAAAUACAAGCUAUCAAUUCUUUUUCUAGAUUAGAAUCCUUAAACGAGGUCUAUGGAAUUAUAUGGGUGUUUGUCCCGAUUUUUAUUCUUGUAUUGGGAAUCACGAUAGGCAUACUAGUAAUUGUAUGGUUAGAAAGAGAAAUAUCUGCAGGGAUACAACAACGUAUUGGACCUGAAUAUGCCGGUCCUUUAGGAGUUCUUCAAGCUCUAGCGGAUGGGACAAAACUACUUUUCAAAGAGAAUCUUUUUCCAUCUAGGGGGGAUAUUCGUUUAUUCAGUAUCGGACCAUCCAUAGCAGUCAUAUCAACUCUAUUAAGCUAUUCGGUAAUUCCUUUUGGCUAUCACCUUGUUUUAACUGAUCUAAAUAUUGGUGUUUUUUUAUGGAUUGCCAUUUCAAGUAUUGCUCCCAUCGGACUUCUUAUGUCAGGAUAUGGAUCAAAUAAUAAAUAUUCCUUUUUGGGUGGUUUACGAGCUGCUGCUCAAUCGAUUAGUUAUGAAAUACCAUUAACUCUUUGUGUGUUAUCCAUAUCUCUACGUUGAUGUUAUCACCGACUAUGAUUAUCUAAUAGUUCAAGUACAGUUGAUAUAGUUGAGGCACAAUCAAAAUCUGGUUUUUGGGGGUGGAAUUUGUGGCGUCAACCUAUAGGAUUUAUCAUUUUUUUUAUUUCUUCUCUAGCAGAAUGUGAGAGAUUGCCUUUUGAUUUACCAGAAGCAGAAGAAGAAUUAGUAGCAGGUUAUCAAACCGAAUAUUCGGGCAUCAAAUUUGGUUUAUUUUAUAUUGCUUCCUAUCUAAACUUAUUAGUUUCUUCAUUAUUUGUAACAGUUCUUUACUUGGGCGGUUGGAAUAUCUCUAUUCCGUAUAUAUUCGUUCCUGAGCUUUUUGAAAUAAAAAAAAUAGGCGGAGUCUUUGGAACAACAAUUGGUAUCUUUAUUACAUUGGUUAAAACUUAUUUGUUCUUGUUCAUUCCUAUCACAACAAGAUGGACUUUACCUAGACUAAGAAUGGACCAACUUUUAAAUCUUGGAUGGAAAUUUCUUUUACCUAUUUCUCUCGAGAAAAAAACAAACAUAAAAUUAUUCAUAAAUAUUUACGAUAUGUUUCCCAUGGUAACUGGGUUCAUGAAUUAUGGGCAACAAACCAUACGAGCUGCAAGGUACAUUGGUCAAGGUUUUAUGAUUACCUUAUCUCAUGCAAAUCGUUUACCUGUAACUAUUCAAUAUCCUUAUGAAAAAUUAAUCACAUCGGAGCGUUUCCGCGGUCGAAUUCAUUUUGAAUUUGAUAAAUGCAUUGCUUGUGAAGUAUGUGUUCGUGUAUGUCCUAUAGAUCUACCUGUUGUUGAUUGGAAAUUGGAAACUGACAUUCGAAAGAAACGGUUGCUUAAUUACAGUAUUGAUUUCGGAAUCUGUAUAUUUUGUGGCAACUGUGUUGAGUAUUGUCCGACAAAUUGUUUAUCGAUGACUGAAGAAUAUGAGCUUUCUACUUAUGAUCGUCACGAAUUGAAUUAUAAUCAAAUUGCUUUAGGUCGUUUACCAAUGUCAGUAGUUGACGAUUAUACAAUUCGAACAAUUUUGAAUUCAACUCAAAAAAAAAUAGGUAAACCACUUUGAUUGAUUAAAAUGUACAAUUAUUAAACUCAAAUUCUGUUUUGAUCUAAAAGGAUGAAAGGAUGAAAUGGGUUUUCUUUUAUUUUUCUUGGUCAAUAACUACAAAAAUUACAAAUUCCAACUAUUGAUUUGAUUGAUUGAUGAUAAUUGCGUCGCGACUUAAUUUGGAUUGAAAAUCUAUUAAUAUAUCUUUAAUUCUAUCCAUAAUUAUUUCGAAAAAAAAAAUUUAGAAUGCCUUUUUGAGAAAGGAUGAGAUUAGUAGAAUAGCUGUACAUAUAGUAAUUAAUUUACACUCCUUAGGGUUUAAUUCAAUUAAGAACUUAUUAUAAAAAAGUUUUCCUGGUCGGGUCAAUAAGGUCAUGAAAAAACAAUUUAAUUUUUUUUUAUUUCUUAUUUUACGUGCAAUGGAUUUGCCUGGACUAAUUCAUGAUUUUCUUUUAGUCUUUCUAGGAUUAGGUCUUAUAUUAGGAGGUCUAGGAGUGGUAUUACUUACCAACCCAAUUUAUUCUGCCUUUUCGUUGGGAUUGGUUCUUGUUUGUAUAUCUUUAUUCUAUAUUUUAUCAAACUCUCAUUUUGUAGCUGCCGCACAGCUCCUUAUUUAUGUGGGAGCUAUAAAUGUUUUAAUUAUAUUUGCCGUGAUGUUCAUGAAUGGUUCAUAAUAUUACAAAGAUUUUAAUCUUUGGACUGUUGGAAGCUGGGUUACUUCUUUAGUUUGUACAAGUAUUUUUGUUUCACUAAUUACUAUUCUUCCAGAUACGUCAUGGUAUGGAAUUAUUUGGACUACAAGAACAAAUCAGAUUAUAGAACAAGAUUUGAUAAGUAAUGGUCAACAAAUUGGAAUUCAUUUAUCAACAGAUUUUUUUCUUCCAUUUGAAUUCAUUUCAAUAAUUCUUUUAGUUGCUUUGAUAGGUGCGAUUGCUGUGGCUCGUCAGUAAAAAAUCUUUAGAAUUAGUAAUCGCAAUCCAAAUUAAACUUUGGUCUAUGUUAUCACAUCUAUUUUCCUUCAAUUCUAUUUAAAGAUUUUUUAUGUAUAAAUUCUUUUAUUUGAUCUAUUAUCCAAAUAUUUCUUUGAUUUGUAUUUGGGAUAUUCUUAUUUUAGCCAAUCCAAUCUGUUGAUGUUGAAUUGUUGUUUAUAUUGAAAUAAAUCGAAAUUGAUAAGGAGUUGGUCAAUGAUGCUCGAACAUGUACUUGUUUUGAGUGCCUAUUUAUUUUCUAUUGGUAUCUAUGGAUUGAUCACGAGUCGAAAUAUGGUUAGAGCCCUUAUGUGCCUUGAACUUAUACUGAAUGCAGUUAAUCUAAAUUUCGUAACAUUUUCUGAUUUUUUUGAUAGCCGCCAAUUAAAAGGAAAUAUUUUUUCCAUUUUUGUUAUAGCUAUC